AUGACAACCGCAAUUCCGCAACCACCUAGUGUCCCCUUCCUCGGGAAUGUGGCCAACAUCGAACGUGAGGUUCCUCUCCGCUCGUUCGUUCUCCUCGCCAAAACGUAUGGCGAAAUCUACGAGCUCAAUGUACUCGGAAACCAUAGUAAUAUCAUCUCGUCUCAUGCUCUGGUGAACGAAGUCUCCGACGAAAAGCGCUUUCAGAAGCGCGUCGGUGGCGGGCUCGCGGAAGUUCGCAACCUUGUCGGUGAUGGCUUGUUUACGGCGCAACCAGAGGAGCCCAAUUGGGGCAUCGCUCAUCGCCUCCUGAUGCCAGCUUUCGGAACUUUGGCCGUCAAAAAUAUGAUGGAGCAAAUGCGAGACAUCGCCAGUCAACUCUUGCUCAAGUGGGAACGUUUCGGCUCUGAUACAGCCCUCGACCCGUCUGACGACUUUACGCGCGUCGCAUUUGACACAAUCUCUUAUUGCUCGAUGUCAUAUCGCAUGAACUCGUUCUACAGCAGCGAACAACCCGAAUUCAUCGCAGCUAUGGCGGAGUUUCUGAUCGAAUCAGGCAACCGCGCCAAUCGACCCCGAAUGGUGCAGGCGGUCAUGCGCGGCACCAACGCUAAAUACGAGUCGGAUAUGAAGAAAAUGAAGGAUCUGGCUGACAAAAUAGUGGCCAAACGUCGAACUCAUCCUGAUGGAAAGCAUGAUUUGCUCGACACCAUGCUUAACUCGCGCGAUCCAAAGACGGGCCAGGGAAUGACGGAGCAGUCCAUCGCGCAAAAUCUUCUUACCUUCCUUAUCGCGGGUCACGAAACGUCUUCUGGAAUGUUGACUUUUAUGGUUUACUACCUGUUGAAAAACCCUGAGAAAAUGCGCAAACUGCGUGCCCAAGUUGAUGAAGUACUUGGAGAUCGGCCAGUUGAAUACGACGACUUCGACAAGCUCCCCUAUCUCGUUGCUGUGAUGCGUGAAACCCUUCGCCUUUGCCCGCCAGCACCAAUACGAAGUGCUGCUUCCUUGGAAGACACCACCAUCGGUAACGGCAAAUAUGCAUUGAAGAAAGGUUCUCGGGUCGUCAUCCUAGUGUGGCAAAUGCACAGAGAUCCCAAGGUUUGGGGAGACGACGCGGAGGAAUUCCGACCAGAACGGAUGAUGGACGGGAAAUUCGAAGCCCUACCGCCCAACGCUUGGCAACCUUUCGGAUUCGGCAUGCGCGGCUGCAUAGGACGCGCUUUCGCAUGGCAGGAAGUUCUCCUCGUCAUGGCCUCGAUCAUUCAGAGAUUCGACCUAUCGCUUGUUGACCCGUCUUACACACUCCAAAUCAAGCAGACCCUCACCGUCAAGCCCAAGGAUCUUCGUAUUCGUGCCUCCUUACGGAAAGACAAAACUGGCUCAACAAUCUUGUUUACAACUCCUUCGUCUCCGCUUCUGAGUGGACGAGAUGAUAGUUCGCAGUCAAUAUCCAAUGGCAGCAUUGUGGGCACAAAGGGCAAAAAACUUUAUGUGCUAUAUGGCUCCAAUACAGGCUCGUCGGAAGCAUUUGCUCAACGAAUCGCCAACGCAGCGCCGUCCUAUGGAUUCCGUUCCACGAUCGGUGUACUCGACUCCGUUACAGACAAGGUCCCCACAGAUGGACCUGUUGUGAUUAUCACUGCCUCCUAUGAGGGUGAACCUGCAGAUAAUGCCGCACAGUUUGUUGACUGGCUCCAAAACACUCAAAAUAAUGUCUUCGCCAACGUUCAAUUUACCGUAUUCGGGUGUGGCAACUCGGACUGGACCAAGACGUACCAGCGAAUCCCGACUUUGAUAGACGAUUUAUUUGUCAAACGAGGAGCAAAGCGGCUGUUUGAACGCGGGGCUGGAGAUGCGGGUACGAGUGGGUUUUUCCAAGUAUUCGAUGAAUGGGAGACAGGCAUGUGGACUGCAUUGAGCAAAGAAUAUGGAACGUCUGGCUCCGUAGGAGUCACACAGACCUUGCAAGUCAAGACUGUCGAUGCUGGUAACGAACGGGCGACUGUCUUGCGACACACAGACGCUUUGCUUGGCCGGGUCGUUGAGAACACGAUAUUGACCAAGGAAGGGCCAGUCAAACGGCAUCUUGAAUUUGAAUUACCGCAAGGUACAACCGCGCGAGCUGGAGAUUACGUGGCAAUCCUUCCUCAAAACCCGCUGCGUGAUGUCCGACGCGUCUUGGCCCGAUUUGGCCUGUCGAACGAGGAAGAGGUCAUUCUUUCCUCUGUUGGUCCGACAUCUCUUCCCGUUGGCAAGCCAGUCAAACUCUCCGAAGUUCUGACUGGAUAUGUCGAAUUAUCUCAACCCGCCACAAAGCGUGACCUCGAUGCUCUUGCCAGUGUUGCUAAGUCAGAAUCGACUCAAUCAUACAUCGACGAUCUCAAGGCAAAUUAUAAUGAUGCUGUCCAAGCAAAACGACUUAGCGUCUUUGCCAUCAUCGAAAGUCAUCCCGAUAUCGACCUUGCCAUAGGCGCCUUCCUCCAGAUGCUUCCCUCGAUGCGCGUGCGACAGUACUCAAUUUCGUCUUCGCCACUGUGGAAUCCCGCCAAUAUCACCAUCACUAUCAGCGUCCUUGAUGCGCCUGCUCUGUCUAGUGCCACUGAGGUCCCCUUCCUUGGUGUUGGCUCCAACUAUCUGGCCAACCUACUUCCUGGAGACCGUGUCCAGAUGGCCGUCCGCCCUUCCGCAGCCGCAUUCCACCCGCCGGAAAACCCGCUGACCCCAGUCGUGAUGUUCUGCAGCGGCUCUGGACUUGCUCCGAUGAGAGGCUUCAUUCAAGAACGUGCAGCACAGAAAGCCUCUGGCCGAGACGUUGGCAAGAUGCUCUUGUUCUUUGGUUGCCGCUCGCCGGAAUGGGACUUCCUCUAUGCGGCCUCAGACCUAAAGACUUGGUCGGAAAUGGGCGUCGUUGAAGUCCGGCCAGCGUUCUCUCGCGCCUCAGAGCUGUCGGAAGGAUGUAAAUACGUUCAAGAUCGUGUUUGGAAAGAUCGUGCGGAUGUGGCUGACGCAUAUCAGCAAGGGGCCUUGUUCUUCACUUGUGGCUCUGCCAAUGUUGCGAAGGGCGUCAAGAAGACGUUGAUCGAUCUGAUCAAGUCUGUGAGCACUGGGGAUGAAGCGGAAGCUGCUGAGAAGUUUGAGACGAUAGUGAAAGGACGUUAUGCCACGGACAUCUUUGAUUGA